UUGUUCAAAACCGGAAACGGAAACCCCGGAAAUGCUAGCAACCAGCCCCGGAGAACUACUCUGGUGCUAUCGUUGAUUAAACACUAAGAAGUUGCUUAAAAUUCAAUUAAAUGUUGCAGCACAGUGCAGUUUCUCCACUUUAACGUUAUUUGUUAGCCUCCUUUGCUAACUAGCAUCCAAUACUAAGCUAAUGUUAUGUGUUAGCCUCCUUUGCUAACUAGCAUCCAAUACUAAGCUAACGUUAUCUGUUAGCUUGCUAUAGCUGCUGUUGUGUUGACGCCUAGCUGCAGAGAGGAGUCUGAAGCUGUUGGCCGGUAUUGGAGGGACUGAGUGAUUAUGGCCGACCCUGCACGGAUCAAACCUGAGGCUACACCUGAGAGAGCAGCUUCUGCUCAGGAGCAUCUUAAAGCAGAGGACGGUGAAGAUGAACCUGCCACAGCAAGACCUGCAGAUGUAAACAAACAGGCAUCCUCUGAAGAUCAGGCCAAAGAGGAGGGGAAAUCUGAAAUGGCAGCUGGGGAGGAUGAAGAAGAAGGAACCUCUGGCGAAUCCAAAAGACUGAAGGUGGAACCAGAGAAGAAAAAGGAGAAGCGCCAAAAGGUUGAUGAGGAUGAAAUACAAAAGAUGCAAGUUUUGGUGUCAUCCUUUUCUGAAGAGCAGCUCAAUCGCUACGAGAUGUACAGACGAUCUGCCUUCCCCAAGGCAGCUAUCAAGAGGCUGAUCCAGUCCAUAACAGGAUCAUCUGUGUCCCAGAAUGUGGUGAUUGCCAUGUCUGGUAUUUCCAAGGUUUUUGCUGGGGAAAUUGUUGAGGAAGCAUUGGACGUUUGUGAGAAGUGGGGAGAAACACCACCGCUCCAGCCCAAGCACAUGAGGGAAGCAGUGAGGAGGCUGAAGACCCGAGAUCAGAUCCCCAACACCAAGUAUAAGCAAAUUCUCUUUCACUGAGGCACCGCUGCUUAAUAUUGCAUGGUGGACGUGCCUGGGAUUUAAACAAUAGCGCAUUAGCUUGUGGAAGCAAUUGAAGGACCCGAGGCAAAAUCAGUGACUGGAAUAUCGAAGAAUGGUCAAUUCAGACAAGAUCAAGAGGUCUCUUAUAUGAAGGCAACUGUCAAAUGAAGUCCUCUCUGACCGGUCAUCAACCUCUAACUGUCAAGGUAAAUGCUUGAUGCAACAUACAGUGCAAAUGGUGUGAAAUUAUAUUCAUGUAUUAUGGUUGUAAAUACAGUAUGUUUUUUUUUACUGUUUUGGUCUUUCGCCUCAAUUAUUUUAAAGAACUGCUGAACUUUCUUUUGAUGUGUGUGUAUUUCCAAUGGUUUGACCCAAAAAUGUUUGGACCCUAUUUCUGAUUAUAAAAUCUUUAUUGAGUAUUUGACUGCAAUCAUUCAGCCCAUCGCAGAGUUGAUUUAGUUUAUCUGACAAUACCUAAAUAAAAAAUGUUUCAAGUUUUAUUUGGAAAUGUGUAUUCAAGUUGGACAAACUUCUAGAUAACACUACUAAAAUAAUUGGAGUGAGACUUGAACGUAUAACUUGCUGUAGAUUUUAUGACAAAAAACAUGGAUGCUAUCGAUAUUGUUUUGUAACACGGAAACAUGCAUUUUCUAUUAAAACUUAAAGGCACAACUGAAA